UAGAACGUAGGCUCUCUUGGCUUUUGAACUUUACGAAAGAAAAUCAAUCCCUCUGUCCCUCCCUCGUCUUUUCAACAGUAAGAAAGAAAAUCUCCUCCCUCCCUACAUCUGUUGUUUCAACUGUAAGAAACAAACUCUCUCUCUCUCUCUCUCUCUCUCUCUCUCUCUUCAACUGUUAGAAAGAAAAUCUCCUUCCCUCCCUCCCUCCCUCCUUCCCCAUUUGAUUAUCUCAAUGUCAAGUCCAACAGAUUAUGCUAUGUUCUUGCUCAACGUUAGAAAAUCCUCCCAUAAGAAAUGGCGUAUUGCUUUUGCUACCAUCUUUUCUUUUAGAGCUAUGCUCUCUCUUACUGAUGAGAUCUUAUGUAAGAAGAAGAAAGCCACCAACAAUCACCUACUUUCUAAGAUCUCAUCCAACCAGCCUUACACUACUAUCAAUGUCGAUUGCAUCAACAAUGUUCAUGACAGUAGUUUGUGCUUCUCUGGUGUAGACCAAGAGAGCCUGACUAAGAUUGUAAAAGAAAAGGACUUGAAUUCCCUCAGCCGAUUCGGAGGGGUCGAAGGAAUUGUGGGUUCUUUGGAAUCCCAUGCUGAGAAAGGAAUCCAAGGUGACAUCGAACAUCUCCAUCGCCGGCGUGAUGUGUUUGGUUCGAACACAUAUCUCAAGCAGCCUCCUAAAGGCUUCUUAUCCUUUGUGCUGGAAGCCUUCAAAGACAACAUGAUUCUGAUUCUUCUUGGUUGUGCUGGGCUCUCACUCGCCUUCGGUAUCAAAGAGCAUGGCUUGAAAGAGGGGUGGUAUGAUGGUGGAAGUAUAUUCAUCGCCAUCUUUCUAGUUGUGGUUGUCUCCGCUGUCAGUAAUUUCCGUCAAGCAAGGCAAUUUGAUAAGCUCUCUGACAAGAGCAACGACAUUGCGAUCGAUGUCAUGAGAGACGGCCGGCGGCAGAAGAUCUCAAUCUUUGAUGUGGUAGUGGGUGACGUCGUGUGCUUAAAGAUCGGCGAUCAAAUUCCUGCCGAUGGCCUGUUCUUGAAUGGCCAUUCCUUACAAUUGGAUGAAUCGAGCAUGACGGGCGAGAGCGAUCAUGUGAACAUCGACAAAAUCAAGAACCCGUUCAUGUUCUCCGGUACUAAGGUGGUGGACGGGUAUGCACAGAUGCUUGUGACAUCUGUUGGGAUAAACACAACAUGGGGCGAGAUGAUGAGCUCGAUAAGUCGUGAUACAAAUGAGCAAACACCAUUGCAAGAUCGCCUCAACAAGCUUACUUCCUACAUAGGGAAAAUUGGUUUGAGCGUUGCUGGGCUUGUCCUCAUCGUCUUGUUGGUUCGUUACUUCACUGGAAACACAACAGGUGAUGAUGGACAACGGGAAUUCAAUGGCGGGAAGACAAAGAUUGGCAAGGUGAUGAAUUCAGUAGCAAGCAUUUUCGCUGCCGCAGUCACUAUCGUGGUGGUGGCGAUUCCUGAAGGCCUGCCAUUAGCUGUGACUCUUACGCUCGCUUAUUCAAUGAAGAGAAUGAUGGUUGAUCAGGCCAUGGUCCGGAAGCUCUCUGCCUGUGAAACCAUGGGGUCUGCCAACACCAUCUGCACCGAUAAAACUGGCACCUUGACGAUGAAUCAGAUGAAGGUGGAUAGGUUCUGGCUUGAUGAAGAAUCUCUAAAGGACUCCUCCAAAAUAGCCACCAAUGUUGUUGAAUUGCUGCACCAAGGUGUUGGUUUGAACACGACAGGUAGUGUUUAUAGAUCCACAACAGUUUCAGAGCCUGAGUUUUCCGGGAGUCCCACCGAGAAAGCCAUUCUCUCUUGGGCUGUGUUGAAUUUGGGGAUGAAUAUGGAUGAUCUGAAGAGAAGUUGGACUAUUCUCCAGGUCGAAGCAUUCAAUUCAGAGAAGAAACAGAGCAGCAUUUUGGUUAGAAAAAACGAUGAGAAGUCGUUGAUCCAUGUGCAUAGGAAAGGAGCUGCAGAGAUGAUUCUGGCGAUGUGUUCGAAUUACUUUGAUAGUAAUGGGACUAUCAAAGCCAUAGAUGAGCAGAAAAGGAUGAAAUUCGAGCAAAUCAUUGAAACAAUGGCAGCUCAGAGUCUACGGUGCAUUGCUUUUGCCCACAAACAGAUUGCAGAAGAUAUUGUCACUGAUGGAAAUGAUGGAGUAAAGGUUGAAAAACUAUCUGAAGAUGGCUUGACGCUACUAGGGAUGGUGGGCCUGAAGGACCCAUGCCGGCCCGGGGUGAAAAAGGCUGUUGAAGCUUGUAGAAAAGCCGGAGUUGCCGUCAAAAUGAUAACUGGGGAUAAUGUUUUCACUGCACAAGCAAUAGCAGUCGAAUGUGGAAUACUUGGGCCUGAUCAAGACAUGAAUGGAGCAGUCAUCGAAGGCAAGGAUUUCAGAAGCUACUCGACAGAACAAAGGAUGGAAAUGGUCAAUAGAAUUUGUGUGAUGGCAAGAUCCUCACCAUUUGAUAAGCUUCUAAUGGUGCAGACCUUGAAACAAAAAGGCCUAGUAGUUGCUGUCACCGGAGAUGGAACAAAUGAUGCUCCUGCUCUAAAAGAAUCGGACAUCGGGCUCUCCAUGGGAAUCCAAGGCACUGAAGUAGCGAAAGAGAGCUCCGACAUUGUCAUUUUGGAUGACAAUUUCACUUCUGUUGUGCCGGUUUUGCAAUGGGGGAGAUGCAUAUACAGCAACAUCCAAAAAUUCAUCCAAUUCCAACUCACAGUGAAUGUUGCUGCCCUAGUGAUUAAUUUCAUUGCGGCGGUUUCUUCCGGUGAUGUUCCACUCACAGCAGUCCAACUGCUGUGGGUGAACCUGAUUAUGGACACGUUAGGCGCUCUGGCUCUGGCUACAGAGCGGCCCACCAAGGAGCUGAUGGAUCAGAAGCCAGUGGGCCGCACCGAGCCACUGAUCACCAAUAUCAUGUGGAGGAAUCUCAUUGCUCAAGCUCUAUAUCAAAUCACAGUCUUGCUGACAUUGCAAUUCAAGGGGGAGUCGAUCUUCGGCGUGGACAAGAAGGUGAGGGACACAUUGAUUUUUAACACUUUUGUGUUAUGCCAAGUUUUCAAUGAGUUCAAUGCCAGGAAGCUAGAGAAGAAGAAUGUGUUUGAGGGAAUUCAUCGUAACCAUCUAUUUGUCGGCAUUGUGGGGUUCACAAUUGUUUUGCAAGUGGUGAUGGUGGAAUUUCUCAAGAAGUUCGCUGAUACAGAGAGAUUAAAUUGGGGGCAAUGGGGUAUUUGUGUUGGAAUAGCUGCCGUCUCUUGGCCAAUUGGUUGGCUUGUGAAGUUCAUACCAGUGUCUGAUAAACCCCUGUUCAGCUAUCUCAAGCGAUUUGGACUUCGUAAGUUUUAAACCAGGGAUUCUUAUUAGCAUUCAUUUAUGUAAUUUAAACUCACUGUGAUCGAUAAAUGCACUAUUUCAUUUCAAGUUUUGAUAAUAUAGCAGUACAUUGUAUUAUCAAAAGUAGAAAUGAGAUGGGUGCAUCUAUCAAUCAAAGUGUGUGGUGUCUUAUUACAUUCAUUUUGUAUUUAUAUUUUCAUUAUAUCAAUGGAUUCACAUUUAUUUUUU